UCCUUGAACACAACAUAUCGUUGGGACUGGAAUUCGCAACUUACUGGACAAUAUUCUCAAUACUCAGUCAAUGAGCUACGGGAUGGUAAUGCUACAGGACAGGCCGAUUUGCAGGAAUAUUAUUCGGUUGUUGGUCUGUUCGCCGAGCUUGGCAGUUGGAUUGCAAACGUUUCAUCACCAAUCGAGGUGACAUCGUCACUCAACCCUGCACUGAAGAUGUCACCUCGUUUGGUGAUGAAACGUUUGCAAUCCAACUGCCAAGCUCGGCGAACAGACCAACAACCGAAUAAUAUUCCUGCAAAUCGGCCUGUCCUCUCGGGUGCGCUGUUUGGUAGUUGGUCUGUUCGCCGAGCUUGGCAGUUGGAUUGCAAACGUUUCAUCACCAAACGAGGUGACAUCUUCAGUGCAGGGUUGAGUGACGAUGUCACCUCGAUUGGUGAUGAAACGUUUGCAAUCCAACUGCCAAGCUCGGCGAACAGACCAACUACCAAACAGCGCACCCGAGCUACCUACAUUCCACAACAUUAG